AUGUGGGUGUUUCACGGCACAGAUGGGUUAAAUGCAGAGGCCUUCUGUGCUCUUGUUCAUCGUUUCUUCCCAGAUGCUUUGGACUUCUGCACCCUUAACAGCGAACGAGAGAAGAACUUCACUCUGGCCUUCAGCACUGCAGAAUCUCUGGCUGGCUGCUGCCCCCUCCUGGACGUAUCAGACAUGUUACUAAUGGGGAAGAACCCUGACCCUUUCAGUGUGUUCACCUACGUUCAGUCCCUCUGCCAGCACCUCUCAAAAAUAGAGCGAGAUAGGAAGGAGCGAGAGAAGGCAGAGGAGGGCAAGAAUCAAGGCGAGGCUGAAGCCCAAGGCAAAAAAGAAGCUGAGGAUAAAGAGCAGGAGAUAAGGGAAGGAGAGGAGCAGGGGGAGGAGGAAAGAGAAACAGAAGGAGACCCAGAUGAAGAGAAAGGAGGGACUGAAGAAGGUAUGAAGAUGGAGACAGAUCAAAAUGACAACGUGGUAAACAGCGAGCAAACAAAUGAGACUUAA